CAACCACCCUCUUCCUCUUCUCCAAGUCAUUAUUUACAUUUCCAAUUCUCUUUUUAGCCUUCACCCAAUCGAACAGAAAGCAAGAACGACCUCUCUCUCUCUCUCACACACACACACACAGAUGGGUAGUCUCUGCAACUCCCUCUUGCUCGCUGUGCUUCUUAUGUCCAUAGCUGUGGAGGGCACACAAGCAGACGUGGUAGUGUCCGGCAGCGUUUUCUGCGACCAAUGUAAGGAUGGUCGUUGGAGCCUCUUCGACUACCCUCUUAAUGGGGUGAAUGUGGCGUUGGUUUGUGCUGAUCAAGGGGGAGCGGAGAAGGUGCUGAUGCAAGAGACCAGUAACUUGGUCGGCGCCUACUCCAUGAGGUUGAAGGGCAGCCCUGACAUGAGGCGGUGCUUCGCUCGGGUGGUGGGGAGCCCUCAAGGCAAUUGGUGCACAGCGUCGGCCGGCCCUGCCAGAAGUCUGUCGCCCUCCGUCAGCAUGUUCGGCGUCUCCUUCUACACCGUCGACUCUUUGCUCCUACAGCCCGCUCGGCCCAUGUCCUUCUGCCCCAAGUCCCUCAAUCCCCGGCCCGCCCACCCCGUCUUUCCUGCCAUCCCGCCACUGCCGUUCCUUCAGCCGUCAGCUUGCCCUUCCCGGUUCUGGCUGAUGCCUGGGAACAGGUGCAACUGGAGGGUGGUCGGACCCCAGACGAAGGUGGCCCUCGCCUUCGGCCUGGCUGCAGCUCAAAAGUACGGGACAGACAUGACGCUCGGGCAAGGGCUGCUGGGUAGGGGCGAGCUGUACAGGACCCUGCUCAGGGAAGCCACCACUGCCCUUCUCAACUCUUACAACAGCAUCCAGUUCGAGUACCCCACGCUCAGGGUCCUGUGGGACAUGAACCAGGCGCUGCAGGGCACGCCCAGGCAAGCCAUCCGGCAGGCGCUGAGGUUCAGCAGGGCCAACGCUGGCUCCCGCAACGUCACCUGCCGCUUGGCUGCCUGCCACUGAUGGACCUCACCCACCCACAUUAGAAGCUGAGCUAUACUAUAUAAUGUUGGUCCGGAUCAUUGUACGAGAGGUUCGAACAUAAUGAGUUAUUAAUAAGAUUUGCUAUGGCACUAGAGUUUUUCUAUUUUUCUCUUAUAUGUGGCCACCUUCUUGGUCUGGAUUAUUGUAUGAGAGAUUUAUAAUAAGGUUUCUUAUAUACAUGGAACUAGGGAUAUCUUACUAGA